CAUCCCUCAGCGGGUGCAGGGCUCCAUGUCCUCGCACUUCGGCAGCCGCUGCCAAGCCUCCCAUGCCGCUCUGGCCGGACUGCUCUGCCCCCCCGGACCGGGGCUCCCCGGGAGCGAGGCGCACUGGCGGGGCUCCGUAACAGGGCUACCAGGCGCUGCCUCUCCAGGCGCGCGCACAACCCCACCCCCGCCGGGGGUCGCUGCGUCUCGCAGGCUCCAGGCCGCCCUGACUCGAGGCCCGAGGCGAGUCGGGGGGUUUCCCGAGCCCCCGCCAGGGCUCCCCGGGACCGGGCUCAGCCCCUGGCUCACAGGCCUGAAGGGAGACAGUUACCGAAGCCUGCGGGCAGCAGUUCCGAGUCUGGGCCCUGGUCGUGCGCGCGGCCGGCGCGGGCUCCCGCUGCCCCCGCCUCCGAGCCGGUGGGCGGAAGUGAUAGUUCCUCGCGGGCAGGCCAGCGGUGACGAGCGAGGCGGGCGCCGGAAGCUGCCGGGCCGGGCCGGGCCGAGUAGGAGGCGGACGAGGACGAGGAGCAGGAUGGGGAAACAAAAGAAAGCGAGGAAAUACGCCAUCGUGAAACGCAUGAUCAACCUUCGAGACCAGCGCAUCAAACAGACGGAGCGAGCAAAAUCCAAUGUGAAAAAGAAGGAUGAUCCCAGUGCAAUCAAGGAAAGAGAGGUCCCUCAGCACCCUUCCUGUUUGUUCUUCCAGUAUAACAUGCAGUUGGGCCCACCCUAUUAUAUUCUGAUUGAUACAAACUUCAUCAACUUCUCCAUUAAAGCCAAGUUGGACCUGGUGCAGUCAAUGAUGGACUGUCUCUAUGCCAAGUGUAUCCCCUGUAUCACAGAUUGUGUAAUGGCUGAAAUUGAGAAGCUAGGGCAGAAGUAUCGUGUGGCACUAAGGAUAGCCAAGGACCCGCGAUUUGAACGCCUGCCUUGCACACACAAAGGGACCUAUGCAGAUGACUGCUUGGUUCAGAGGGUCACUCAGCACAAGUGUUACAUAGUGGCCACAGUGGACAGAGACCUUAAGCGGAGAAUCCGGAAGAUUCCUGGAGUCCCUAUCAUGUAUAUUUCCAACCACAGGUAUAACAUUGAGAGGAUGCCAGAUGAUUAUGGAGCCCCUCGAUUCUAACCCAUUGCUACAGAUGUUCCCAGCACAUCCUGCUACCAAGUGCCAGGACCCUAAACCCAGUUAGAGGGCUCCUCUGUUUCUAUUCCCCCCCUUCCCUCCCUCUGCUGGGAUUGCUCCCAGGCCUGCAGAUGACACGGGACUGAUUUCUUAGGCCUUCGCUUUGCAGCUGUGGUCUUCUAAUGAAAAGUUGUUUUGGAUCUGUCUACCUUUAUUCACCCUUGCUCUGCCUAAACCCGUUUGUCACAUCAGCAUGUGUGGGAGGGGAUACUAGGACCCAGAGAGUGCAUCUACCUAUCUUUCUCCUCAUUCUGUAGGUGGGGUAUUUACAGAAAGGGUCAAGGAAGAAUCCAGCAACAGCACAGAAUGGAAACAAAAGUUCCUAGAAACUGGAAUUGCAGUUCAGUCUGAAAAACUGUUGCCUGCAGCAGGACAUGCAUUUCUCAGGCACAGCUGAAGUCUGCCCCACACUUUGAAUUUCAUUAUCCGAAUGGUGGGGUAUCAGCAAAAUUAUGAAGCCAUGGCAGUGGAUAUACCUCAUGUGGAGAUAGAGGCUCUGGAAGAAAAUCAACAUAAGAAGCUGGGUUGUGGGGACCUAAAUAGACUCUACCAUCCCACCUUCCAAAUCCCUGACUAAGUAGAUUCUGUGUGUUUUGGGUCUGAACAAAGCUGACAAAGUUCUCCUCUCUCCUCCACAUAAGAACAUGGGGGCCAAUGUUACUGAGGUCAAAUCUCCCAUCAAGUUUCAAAUUAAGAAGAUGCUUUGUCUAGAUGUGACUGUCAAGCAUUAGGAUAAACUAACUUAAAAUAUUCACUUGUCAUCAACUUCUUGGGGUCCUUGCUGAAGGAAAAACUGGCAAGCAUGACCGUUGAUGAGAGCGCCAUAGGCAAACUGCAGCAUCUCUACUAAACGGGCAAUAAUAAAGGUGUUCAGUCU